GAUCAACUCACCAGUUGUCCUUUUGCAGAGAACAGCUUGCAGCUCGUGGUAGAAAAAGAGUCGAGACCACGCUGUGCCCGCGGCGCAACAAACCACCCCUCAACGACUACCCAGGUCAGCAAUUGAGGCCAGACUCUGCUAGAUGGCUGGUCAUUCAGCCCUUAUCGUCAUCCGAGUUUUACAUUUUCCCUUUUCCCCAGUUUUUGGGUAAUUGGAGCUGUUUGUUGGUUACUUCGGUACUUUGGGGAUUGGUUAUUGCCAAACGCAGCAGGAGCAGAAACACACACCGCAUCGCAACACUCUCUCGAGGCAAGAACAACAAUACCCUCAACAAAGUCGAACAAACCGAACCCGCGACUGCGCGCCCGUCACCACAACCCCUCGCCCAUGAUGGCGCACCUAACGACAAAAACGACCCCAUUCCGGUCACCCCUCGCCACCCUCCUCGCCCUUCUCCUCUUCCUCACCCCGCAAGUGCUCGCCGUCUCGGCCGUCGUCGGCAUCGACCUCGGCACCGAAUACAUCAAGGCGGCCCUGGUCAAGCCCGGCAUCCCGCUCGAGAUCGUGCUGACCAAGGACUCGCGCCGCAAGGAGAUCUCGGCCGUCACCUUCAAGCCCGCCGCCAACGGCCCCAAGCCGGGCGCCUUCCCCGAGCGCGCCUACGGCUCCGACGCCAUGGCCCUCGCGCCCCGCUUCCCCGGCGACGUCUACCCCAACCUCAAGGCCCUCCUGGGCCUGCCCGCCGAGAGCGCCGAGGUCAAGGAGUACGCCGCCAGGCACCCUGCCCUGCAGGUUGUCCGUCACAAGGUCAAGGGCACCGCCGCGUUCCAGAGCGCUGGCGCGUUCACUGCCGAGGAGGAGGCUUGGCUUGUGGAGGAGCUGUUGGCUAUGGAGCUGCAGAGCAUUCGGGGGAAUGCUGAGGCCCUGGCGGGCCCUGGGAGCCCCGUGCGCUCUGCCGUGCUGACUGUGCCGGCGUACUACACCGCCGAGGAGAAGCGCGCCGUGGAGUUGGCUGCCGAAUUGGCUGGGCUGAAGGUGCUGUCGUUGAUCAGCGAUGGUGUGGCUGUGGGGUUGCACUACGCUACGAGCCGGCAGUUCCCCAACGUCAACGAGGGCGGGAAGCCCGAGUACCACAUGGUUUUCGACAUGGGCGCGGGGUCGACAAAGGCGACCGUGUUGCGGUUCCAGAGCCGGAAUGUCAAGGACGUGGGCAAGUUCAACAAGACGGUGCAGGAAGUUCAGGUAAUGGGGAGCGGCUGGGACAGGACGCUCGGCGGUGACGCGCUGAACUAUCUGAUCGUGGACGACAUGAUUGCGCAGUUUGCCGCUUCGCCCAAGGCCAAGACGGCCGGUGUUGAGGCCGACGCCGUCAAGGCCCACGGCCGCGCCAUUGCCAAGCUCACCAAGGAGGCCGAGCGGGUCAGGCACGUCCUCAGCGCCAACCAGAACACCCAGGCCGGUUUCGAGGGUCUCUACGACGACGUGGACUUCAAGUACAAGAUCACCCGUGCCGACUUUGAGGAGAUGGCCGCCAUCCAUGCCGAGCGUGUAGCCGUGGCUGUCCAGAACGCCCUCACCGCGGCUGGCAUCGAGCUCAAGGAUCUUGAUUCGGUCAUUCUCCACGGCGGCGCCUCGCGCACCCCGUUCGUCCAGAAGGAGCUCGAGAAGGUGUUUGGUGCCGAUAAGCUCCGCACCAAUGUCAACUCGGACGAGGCUGCCGUGUUCGGUGCCGGUUUCCGCGCUGCCGAGCUCAGCCCCAGCUUCCGCGUCAAGGAGAUUCGCAUUUCUGAAGGCGCCGCGUACCCUGCCGGCAUCAAGUGGAAGACCGACGAGGGCAAGGAGAAGCAGCAGCGCCUGUGGACCGCCACCUCGCAUAUCGGCGCGCCCGCCAAGGAGGUCACUUUCACCAACCAGGAGGACUUCUCGGUCACUUUCUACCAGACUGUCCCCGCACCUGCGUCGGAUGCUGGCUCGGUCGACUCCGAGAUGAAGGUGCUUGCCACUAAGAACCUGACCGCGUCGGUUGCCGAGCUCGUCGAGAAGCACAAGUGCGAAAAGGCCGACAUCAAGCUGAAGAUGGGCGCGCGUCUGGCCGGUGAGAACGGCGAGGUGGCCGUCACCAAGGUCACGGUCGAGUGCGAGACCGACGCUAAGGAGACCUUCGUCGACGGCGUCAAGAACCUGUUUGGCUUUGGCAAGAAGGAACAGCAGCCGCUCAAGGACGGUGAGGAAUCUGAGGAGGCCGAGGCCGAGACCUCGUCUACCGCCGAGAGCUCGACUACUUCUACAUCUACGAGCACCGCCUCGGAAGCUUCUGCCUCCGAGUCUGCCGAUGCUAAGCCCGCCGUGGCGAAGAAGGAACUCGUCGUCAUUCCCGUCAAGUUCACUCUGGAGAAGGCGGGUGUUCCCCAGCUAUCAAGGGCUGAUACCACCGCCCUCAAGGAUCGUCUCAAGGCCUUUGAGGCUUCGGACCGCGCACGGAGGCAGCGUGAGGAGGCCCUCAACCAGCUCGAGUCGUACACUUACUCGGUUCGGGAUAUCCUCGAGAAGGAGGACUUCAUCAGCCACUCGACCGCCGAUGAAAGGGCUACCCUGGAGGCCAAGAACAGCGACGCCAGCGACUGGAUCUACGGUGACGGCGCCGACGCCACCAAGGAGGAGCUCAAGGCCAAGCUCAAGGAGCUGCAGGCCAUCGUGGUUCCCGUCGAGAAGCGCAUCGAGGAGGCCGCCAAGCGGCCCGAGCUCGUCAAGGGCCUCCAGGACGCGCUCAAGGCCACCAAGGAGUUCAUCGUCGACAUCAAGGCCAAGGUCGCCGAGCACGAAGCUUGGCUAUCCUCCCAGUCUGCUUCCACCGACGGCGCCGGUGACUCCACCACCACGGCCGCUCCCUCCGCCCCCUCGGGCGAUUUCGACGGCCUCGAAGACGAAGAUGCCACCACCACCACCACGGCGACCGCCAUGGAGGACGUGCUCAAGGAGCGCGGGCCGGUGCCGCCGCUGUACACGCUCGAGGAUCUCAAGGCGAGCGAGGACCUGUACACGUCCAUCACGGCCUGGCUCGAGGAGAAGGUGCCGGCGCAGGACAAGCUGGGCCCCACCGACGACCCGGUGCUGCUGGUCAAGGACCUGACCGACCGCCGCGAGAAGCUGGACAAGGCCGGCAUGGAGCUGGCCAUGAAGGGCGUGCGCAAUUUUGAGAAGCGCAAGGCGGGCGACGAGAAGAAGGAUAAGAAGGAGAAGAAGGAAAAGAAGAAGGCUGCGAAGUCUUCUGCUACCAAGCCCGCCAAGCCUGCCCAGACGCUCAAGGUCCAGCCUGGUGAGGAUGGCAACAUGCCCUCGCAGGAGGAGCUGGAGGAGAUGCUCAAGGAGUUUAUGAAGGAGAAUGGCGGCGCUGAGGGGCAGCAGAAGCAGGAGCAGGAGGCCGAGAAGCAGCCGGAGGAGAAGACAGAGGAGAAGAAGGAGGGGCAUGACGAGCUCUAGGUGGUAGUUUAUACAGAAAGACUAGAUUUGGGGAGUGCAUUGGUAUGGAGUUUUGGGGCGGGAAUGUAGACACAUUGGUCUUUGUAAAAGAUA